UGUUAAAUUUAGCAAAGCAAGUGUCAGAAUAUUUGAAGUUCAAUGCGAAAUGAACUUAACCUAUUUGAAUUGUUAUUGUUGAUUUCAUAGUGUUUGUAUAUCUGUUAAUGUAAGUUAUAACAAUUAAGGAUGAAUAAAGGAAAGAAAAUAGUGUUUGGUAAGAUCAGCACGAACUUUGCUGAGAAGACCCUAGCGACAGAAUCGGAUCUCACAAUUGGAUCGUUCAGUGAAGGCACUUCCAAGCCUGUAGAGAUUGAGGAACUCGAAGAUGACAAUGAAGAUGAACAGAUCAAAGAAGUCAUGGGUAUAUCGACUUUUGGUAAAAAAGCUAAAACCUUCAAUAUACAGGAAAUGCUCGAUCAAGUUAAGAAAACAGCUAGAGAAAUAACGAAACCUGCAGAGGUUGAUACACAUAAAGAAGAGGAAUCAUCUUCUUCCUCAGAUGAUGAUGAUUUAAUUGGACCACCUAUUCCUCAAGUUUUAGCACAAGUGGACACAAGUAAAAAGAAAUCUAAAGAACAUGGAUCAGAUUCUGACAGCUCUGGAGAGGAGAGUGAUGGUGAAGACACAGGGACGUUUGUACCUUGUUCGCACGAGGUUAUAAUGAACCAUGGCACAAAAGCUGUGACAGCAUUGAGCUGUGAUCCUAGUGGAGCCAGAUUGGCGUCAGGUUCUGUGGAUUACGAUGUUUCGUUUUGGGAUUUCUCUGGGAUGGAUUCGAGCAUGAAAUCGUUCCGCACGCUUCAACCUUGCGACAAUCAUCCGAUUCGCUACUUGAAUUACUCAGGUACGGGAGACUUGCUGCUGGUGGUGUCUGGAGCUGCUCAAGCGAAAGUCGUGGAUAGGGAUGGUUUCGAGAAAUUGGAGACCGUCAAAGGUGAUAUGUACUUAUCCGAUCAGGCCAGAACGAAGGGACACACGUCCGGUUUAUUGGCCGGAGCCUGGAGUCCAGUUUCUCGCGAAGAGUUUUUAACAACAUCCGCGGAUGGCACCGCCAGGAGUUGGGAUAUGUAUCAAGGAGGAAAAGUGCACAAGACGUUGGUGAAAUGCAGAGCGCAGAACGGAUUGAAGGCGCCGCCAACAGCGUGCUGCUACAGCAGAGACGGACACGUUUUUGGUUUGGGUUGUUCCGAUGGAAGUAUACAGCUCUGGGAUUUGCGGAAGAGCACUGUGGCGCCAGCGAGUAUCUGCAGGAAAGCGCAUCAAGCCUGCGAGACGACCAGCAUCUGCUUCUCUCACGUCGGGCAACAUUUAUUGACGAGGAGCAUGGACGAGACGAUGAAGCUGUGGGAUCUGAGGAAGUUCAAAGAACCCGUGAAUGUUGUCAACGAUCUCUUCACCAGAUACGACACGACAGAUGCAAUAUUCAGCCCCAACGAUAGACUCGUGGUCACAUGCACCUCGCUGAACAAAGGGGAAACAACUGGUAACUUGUUGCUCUACGAUUCGUCGAGUUUUCAGUUGCUGCAAAAACUGGAGGUAGCGAAAACGCACGUUAUCAAAAUCAUAUGGCACACGAAGCUGAAUCAGAUAUUCGCCGGCUCCGGUAACGGCAUUAUAAAAUGCUUCUACGACGACAAGAAGAGUAUGCGCGGUGCGACGUUGUGUGCCGUUAAAAUGAAGAGGAAAAUGCAACACGCCGAGGUUAUUAGUUCGCAGCAAGUCAUCACCCCGCACGCGUUACCAUUGUUCAGACAGGAGAGGCGCAAGACGAGCAGGAAACAGAUGGAGAAGGAUCGUUUGGAUCCGGUCAAGAGUAAACGUCCUGAUUUGCCGAUCACUUCUGGACAAGGAGGUCGCGUUGCUUCAAGCGGCGGUACUCUCAGCAGUUACGUUAUUAGGAAUUUGGGAUUGAGUAAGCGAGUAGAUGAUGAUCAAGAUCCGCGAGAGGCUAUCUUGAAGUUCGCCAAAGAAGCGGAGGAGAAUCCUUAUUGGAUUACACCUGCUUACACGAACACACAAACCAAGAAAUCUGAUGAACCUCCCAGCAAGAAGAACAAACAAUAAAAUCCAACUACAUCUGAAGCGCACAUCAACUGCAGCUAACCGCCACGACUUGCAUUUAAUAAUAGUUUACGCAAAUGUAAUUGAUGUUUCCUCUUUUUUUUUUGCAUGCGAAAUG